AUGCCAAGGGCAACAAAAGUGUUUCUCAUCCUGUACACAACAGUUCUUCUUAUCACCGUUUAUUGGUUUUCACCCUUCUAUCUUCUAAAUUUUGAUCAAGUUGAGGAAUCUCGUGAUGGGGUAGUGCUAAGCGAGAAAAACUUUAGCCAUGUUGUUGCCAAGAAUCGGCAUGUUAUGGUGGACUUUUAUGCACCAUGGAGCUACUAUAGUCAGCAAUUGGCUCCAGAAUAUGCACUGGCUGCAAGGGAGCUGAAGGGCAAGGUGGUGCUGGCAAAAGUUAAUGCUUAUGAGGAAAAAGUGUUGAAAAUAAAAUAUAGAGCUCAGGGACAUCCGAAUAUAUUUUUCUUUGUUGGUGGAGUGAAGGUAGAUAGUUAUACCAAUGCAAGGAAGAGGGAUGCUAUUGUGAAGUGGACAAAGACUAAGAUUUCUCAAGGUGUCUACACUAUAAAAUCAAUAGAGCAAGCAGAACAACUACUGAUGGCUCAAUUUACAGUAGUUUUGGCUUUCAUGGACUCUUUAAAGGGCCCUGACUCCGAGGAAGUUGCUGCUGCCUCAAAACUGCAUACAGAUGUCAUUUUCUAUCAAGCAAUCAGUGCUGAUGUUGCAAAGGCAUUUCAGUUUGAGCAAGAAAUUGAAAGCCCUGCUCUAAUUUUGCGGGAAAAGGAGUCUCAACACCUUAGCCACUUUAGUGGUCCAUUCAUCAAAUAUGCCAUAGCCGACUUUGUAUCUGUGAAUAAGCUUCCUCCAGAGAGCGUCAUUGGCAGAGAAAUUUUCCGGAAGACAGAUUUAAAGCUAGUCUGA